AUGUUGAAAGGUUUAACACUAUUUCGGUCGUAUAUGGUGAAAAGAUCAUUUAGUAAUAUCACGACUAAUAUGAAAAUAGAUUAUUCUUCUUGGUCAAAAGAAGACUUAAUUGCUAAAAUAACUCAACUUGAGAAAAGUCAAGAUGCAAAAAUUGGAACUUCAACUCUUCCAAAAGUUAAAAAACUGAAGAAACAAUUUGAUUGGAGUAAACAAAAUAUGAGAUUUGUUGCAUUUAAAUUUGCUUAUUUGGGAUGGAAUUAUAAUGGAUUGGCAUUUCAAUUAGAACCAACCCCAUUACCUACAGUUGAAGAGAUAAUUUUGAAAACUUUAGCCAAAGUAAAAUUAAUCAAAGAACCAAUUGAAGAGGUUAAAUUUUCAAGAUGUGGUAGAACUGAUAAAGGUGUAAGUGCAAUGAAUCAAGUUAUAUCGAUAGAACUUAGAUCAAAUUUAAGUAAAGAAGAUCAAGCUAAUCCAGAACUUGACGAUAAAGAAGUUGAUUACCUUUCUAUAUUAAAUGCAAAUCUACCAAGUGAUAUUAAAGUUCAUUCUAUAUGUUUAAGACCUCCAGAAGAUUUUGAUGCUAGAUUCAGUUGUAUUUCUCGACAUUAUAGAUACAUUUUCAAAAAACAAAACCUUGAUAUCGAUCUAAUGAAUCAAGGGGCUAGCUUGUAUCAAGGUAUUCAUGAUUUCAGAAAUUUCUGUAAACUUGAUGGGUCAAAGCAAAUCACAAAUUUCCAAAGAGAAAUAUAUAGUUCCAAGAUUCUUCAUUUACAUGAUGAUUACUAUUGUUUUGAUUUAAAAGGAAGUGCAUUCUUAUGGCACCAGGUCCGUUGUAUGGUGGCUAUAUUAUUUACUAUUGGUCAAGGUUUGGAGAAACCAGAAAUUGUUACUGAAUUAAUGGAUAUGGAAAAGUAUCCUACUAAACCACAAUAUGAGAUGGCACAUGAUAUACCAUUGGUCUUAUACGACUGUGAAUUCCCGGAAAUGGAAUGGAAAGUUACCAAGGAUGAACACAAAUUCCUUCGUGUGACUCAAAGUUUCAGUAAAAUGGAAUAUGAUAUACAAUUGAAGGCACAAAUGCUGCAAAUUAUGGAAACUGUGCUCUUUGAUGAUAGGCAGAUGCUGACUCCUGACAAAAUAUUGAAAACAAUGAACACUGGUGAUGGGGUUGGUCGUUCGUACAAUACUUAUGUACCACUUUCUGCACGUGACCGUUCCGAAAACUAUGAAAUUAUCAACGCCAGAUGGUUGGAAAAGAAAGGUGCCAGAAAACAACAGCAGCAACAACAACAACAGCAACAAGAAAAUGAAUAG